GGAUGCGGAUUGCGGACGGGUUCAUUCGGGUAUGGAUUUAACCGAUUAUACUGUCAAACCUUCUCUUCCUAGUUUCUACCAUUUCCAUCUCGCCAAACUCUCUCCCACUCCAACUUUCGCAUAAAAUCUCUCGACUUUCUUCAUCAAACAUGCAGCAGGGUACAGGAUCAGAGACCCAGGUCACUUGGGAAGAUCAGCAGAACAUCAACAAGUUCAGUAAACUUAAUAAUCGAUUUCAUGAGCUUAUUGAUGAGAUUAAAUUCGCCAAGGAUAAAUGUGAGAAUUUAGAGGACGCAGGCAACGAGCUUAUCUUGACUGAUGAGGAGAUGGUACGCUUUCAAAUAGGGGAAGUAUUUGCUCAUGUGCCAAAGGAUGAAGUAGAAACUCGGCUAGAAGAGAUGAAAGAACUGACGGAAAAGAAUUUGGAGAAGCUCGAAGAAGAGAAGGUAUCUAUAGUCGCGCAGAUGUCUGACUUGAAGAAGAUCCUGUAUGGCAAGUUUGGGGACUCUAUCAAUCUAGAGGAGGAGUAAGAGAUUAUUGACCUUUUUCUCCCCCCUCCUAGGAUUAUCAGCCUCUUUCAAACUCCAAGCUAUUGAUCGGUAUUCUCUGAACGGGGCAGUUAUUUGUGAAGGCUAUACCUUUUCAUUGUAAACAUUUGCUGCAUUCUUCCCAGGAUUUUAGAGCAUACGUUUGUUUUCUGGGAUUUGUAGAUUCUACUGAUCUUCGCCAUAAUAUUCUAAUGUUCUCUUUUACGACAA